UUACGGCCCAUUAUCUAUUCCCAAUUUACGAAGCAUCGAUCCUUCCGCUUCUAUAAAGCACAACUUUUUUGUGCAAUUUGGAGCAGAACCUACGCAAGAAGUCGGGGAGAAGGUUGAGGGUAAGAGCGGCUGAUACAAAAUCUCGCUUGAACGACUCUACGGACGGUGAAAGGUAAUAUCUGUCUCUGCGGUAUUCCCUUUUCUUUCUUCGAGCUAGGUCUAGUUUUCCUUUUCGAUUUCACUGUUGAAUUUCCGUUAAAUCAUUUUCUCGAUUGACUUAGCCAGAAUCAUGUCAGUUCAAUCGACGGUGUUUGUUUUCCUCUGACGAGUUUGCUUGUUUUGCUUGUAUUGAAGGUGAAGAAAAAUGGAUUCCAGGACUGUCCCAGUACCGACCUCUCUGGUCCAUGGCAGCGCAGCAGGGAUAUACCCGUCCCGUGAAAUUGGGAUGCAUGAUUACCCUCACUAUGAGAAGGGAACCACUACCUUGGGUUUUAUUUUCAACAAUGAAGGACUUAUGGUAACCCUUGAACAUGCAAGGUUACCAUCAGGUUCAUUUCCAGAAAACCUUUGCAUACUCAAUUCGCACCUGCUUGCCUCUAUUUCUGGAGGAAACGGAAACAUACGAACAUUUUAUCUCAGUUACCUGCAAACUAAGUGCCGCGAGCAUGAACACCUGAAGGGGGCAAGGGCUUCUGCUGCAGAAGCAUCAAAGUGGCUUGCUGACUUUCUGUCUGAUCGUCCUUACAGUGAUGACCCUUUGUCACUGGGAACACUGAUUGCUGGGUGGGAUGAUGAAUCGGGACCUGCCCUGUAUAAAGUGAACGCUAAGGGGGAACGUUGUGAACGACCAUUUAUGGGCACUGGAUCUUCUUCAGAUGGGUGUGCUCUAAUUUCUAUACCCCGUGAUAAAAUAUCCGUGACUGAUGCUUCCAAGUUGGCCAAACGUGCACUCUGUCUUGGUGUUUGUCUUGUUCCUGAAAGUUGUGAAUGUGUCAGUGUUUUCCACAUUGGAAGUGAUGGGCUUGCAGCGGUGGUCUUUAAUGAUGACAUAGGAGAAUGGCUUGAGCAGUAUUUCAGUGAAGUUGGAGAAAAUCAUAGGGAGAUGUUCAGCAAAAUUCGCUCGCAGUAUGGCGGAAGAAGUUUUGUGUUUUAAAAACUGAGGAGUGAUUCAGUGACUUCUUUAUUAUGGUGUUCUGUAUGUUAUUGUUUGUGAUUUUUUGUCUCCCGAGUACAUUGUCCAUCAGCUGUUUAUAUUUUGGUUGUAUUAUCUUAGUGCUUUGGAAAUAUCAGAAGUGCAGUAAACGCCGUCCAAAAAUUUCAGUUUAACUGAAUUUUUGAAAUAUUGAAAUGAUGGAAUUGACCCGAAGUUGAAGCGCUCGUGGCUAGAAUAUCAAUUUUUUCUCUCGGGUUUUCUUUAACAACUUAAGCAGGGGAUGAAAUGCAAGCAGAUCUUACUCUUUUUAGUACGACGCCCGUCCAACAAAUGGUUAAAAA